AUAUUAUUUAUCCAUGGUGCAUUGGUGCUUGGGUGUGCUGUAGGUGAGCUCUAUUGUUCAUGCUCCCUGACCCCAUCUGUAAGUCAACACUUUUAAAAGUACAUAUAAAGGAUUAAUAGUAAUUUAUUUUUAAUUUGACAUAAGUUUUUUAUUCGAUAACUUGAAUUAUAAUAAAAGAGAGUUAAAUAGCUGUAAAAAAAUUCUGAUCGAUAAUUGGGUAUUUAAGUGACAGUAAUAAUUUAUUCAAUUUUGAUCGUCGCAUUUAUGUACUGUAGGAGACAUUUAGAUAGAUCAAAACUCUGAUUUUGAUUUUUCUUUUUUACAGCUAUAUAUAUAUAUAUAUACAUACAUAUAUAUAUAAAUAUAUAUAUAUAUGUUUAUUAGAAUAACAUAAUGUGUUAACAAAAACAUGAACGAUGAAAUUAGAACUAACCCCAUCAAGAUUACCUUUGAUAAAGGAAAAAAGAAUAGGAGACAGCUAAAUUCUAACAAUUCUAAUGAUAACGAAACACUGCCUAACGAUUGUUCACCAGUCGCUUCUGUUUCUAACUCCAACCCAGCUUUACACGUUUCCAACAAUUUGGGUCAGAAUUGCAAUCAGAUAUCAUUUAGUUCUCCAACUUUCCCUAUGUCUAACUAUUCUGCUGCUGCUACUGCUCCACCUCCACCUCCUGCAUCAACCGAACAAUCGGCGGACGUAAACAAUCCUAAUUACCAAGCUAACAAUCAAUGCAACUAUUCGUUAUUGUGUCAAAUGAAUUCUCUAUUUCGGCCUCAAAAUAUGAUGCCAUACGGACAAUAUACUUGGAAUUCAACUGUAGGAAAUACUCUAGGAUCUGGUGAUUGUCAAACAAAUAAUUUUUUUCCAACACCAUACCAAGCGUCAAACCUUAAAUUCUCUAAUAUGUAUUUCAAAAAAAAUUUUCACGGCAACUCUAAUUUUGGGUCAGGUAUUAAUCAAACAAAGAAUUUUAAAGGAACCAUGGACGAAAAGCUCGAUAAAGAUAAUAGUCGUAAUUCACGUAAUAACCGUAAUAGAAAUACAAAUAAAUUAGAUAGGAAUCAGGAAAGAGAACAAGAUAGAAGACGUGGCGGGAGGGGUGGAAAGCAUGAUAAUUAUAAUUCGCAACAAUGGCGUAGAGGACUAUUACCUCAUCCAAAUGCCGGAGCGCAAGGAUCUCAACAGUCUUUUAAGUCAGGAGAUAAACAGUCGAGAUAUAGGAAUCGGAAGAGAAAGAAUGUUGCCGAUCUGUGCGAAGACUUCGAUAUGGCCAGAGAAGAGGCGAUUAAAGAGGAAAGAGAGAAAAGGCAAGCUGUUCAACGAAGACGAGAAAUGCGUAGGAGAAAUCCUGAUGAUUAUUGGCCAAACAAAAAGCGCUACAAAAGUAGGUCUCCGUCCCCUGAAUUACCUCCUGUGCCUAAAUGGAUCCGUAGUAGUCCUGCUACAUUAUAUUUCGAGGCUAAAGAUGGAAAAACAUUCUCAACGGAAAGAAUGCAACAACUGGAAUCUAAAUUCCAAAAUGAUGUUAUAUCACGAUCUGAUAGCGUUCCAUGUGAAAUUGAAAAAGAAAAAGUUCAAAAGCAAGAUGAUCUUCUACCAAAAAUGCAUUUCCAUUCCCAUAAAGGCUGUUGUAGUCAAGAUAAUGGAGAUGACUUGUCUCAUUCCGAUUCUUCGGAGGAAAGUGAUAAAGGAGAUGGUGAUGAACCGGAAUAUUUAAAGGAAAUGAUGAGAAAGCAGCAGCAUCCUCAAAGACUUCAUAAAGAAGCUUGGUAUAACGAUUCUUUGCAAUUAAAUACAGGACCCAUAUGCAAGUGCAGUUUAAACUCUAGAAAACAUGGAAUUCGACAUGAUAUUUAUCCAGGUGAAGAGCCCGUUCCAAAAUGUGUUCAAGAAAGUAACUGCUCCGACGUACUAUACCAUUAUAGAAUAGCCGUAUCUCCUUACAAUAAUUUUUUGACUGGAAAUCCAACAGUAAUUUUACAUGAUGAUCGUGAAUAUACAUUUGAAGGCUUUUCUAUACUUUCUCACAAGAAAUUGGCUUCGAAUAUUCCUCCAUGUAUGUUAUCCCGUUAUGGAUUUUUAUAUAGAAUUCAUUUCUUCAAAGAAGAACCAUUACAGAAUUAUGAUAUUCGAACUUUAGAUUUAUUUUCCAAGUUCUUAUUCUUCGAUAUUCUAGAAUUAGUUGAUUUGGAUUGGCUACGACCAAAUGACGAUUGUUGUCCUUUAUUUCAUAUUAUGCCUCGCUUUACAAGAAUGUUACCAGAAAAUGGUAAAGAAAUCUUAUCAAUGAAUGAAGUUCUUAGUUAUUUAGUCAAAUCAGCUAAACCACUAGUGGACCUUCAAGAUUUACCGAGAAUCAAAAGAUUUACAGAUACCGAAUGGAUGGAAUACGUUGAUAGAGUCCGCGGCUCUAUUGUCACCAAUCCUAAAACGAAACCAACGUCUUUACGUAUCGAUCAAUUAGAUAGAGUUGAUCGUACAUCCGAUGGAUUUCCAAUACUAAUUCAUUUUGGGGCCAGACCAGCCCAGUUGAGUUAUAUGGGCGAUACACAAUAUCAGCGUCUUUCAAGAGAAGUAAUGAAACUAAGACAUCUGUAUUCAAAUAAACCAAAAGUAACUAGAGAAGAAAAGCGUAGCUUGGCAGACAAAGAGGAGAAACUUAAAAAUAUGAAAUUAAAAAGCGAAUUAAAGAAAGAAGUCACAAUUGAAGUCAGUUCUAAAGGUUUCUAUAGAACUGGACUGAAUUGCGAUGUUUGCCAGCAUGCCUUGUUACUUCCCGUUCUUAUUACUCAUUUAAGAUUUCAUCAAUGUUUAAUAAAACUAGAAGAAUAUAUUGGAUAUUCUUUUAAAGAUCGAAGUUUACUUCAGCUGGCAGUUACCCAUCCGUCUUACCGUCCACACUACGGAACGAAUCCUGAUCAUGUUAGGAAUACUCUUUCAAACUGUGGUAUACGUCAUACUGAAUACGGUGAUAAGGAAAAUAUGUCAAGAAGUAGUCGAAAAAGAGGAAUAACGACUCUAAUACAUAUAAUGAGUAUGAUGGGGAAAAAAGAGAAAAUAAGUUCCGAAGUUGACCAUUAUGAACGUCUAGAAUUUCUGGGAGAUGCCAUUAUCGAAUUUAUUACAAGUAUCCGAUUAUUCUAUAUGUUUCCUGAACUGGACGAAGGUGGUCUAGCCAUGUACAGAUCUGCUUUAGUCUGUAAUCAGCAUUUAGCCGUUUUGGCAAAGCGUCUGAAAUUGGACGAUUACAUGCUUUAUGCUCAUGGACCAGAUCUAUGUCAUAGAUCUGAACUUCGACAUGCCAUGGCAAAUUCAUUUGAGGCAUUAAUGGGUGCUAUUUUCUUGGACGAGAGUCUCAAAACCGUUGAUAGAGUUUUCAGUCAAACUUUAUGGGAGUCAGAUCCAGAGUUAAGAAAAAUUUGGGACUCUGAUAGAAAACAUCAAUUGCAGAAUGAAUUUCCAAAUGGAGAUCGACAUCUAAUAGAAAGUAGUCCAAUUCUUCAAAAAUUAGUCGAAUUUGAAAAUUCUACUUGUAUUAAGUUUGGUCAUAUGAGACUCUUGGCAAAGGCAUUAACGCUGAAAAGUGUGUCAUAUAACUGGUUAACAAGGGGUCAUAAUCAAAGGCUAGAAUUCUUAGGCGACACUGUUUUGCAGUUGGUGUCUUCUGUUUUCCUUUAUCUUCACUUUCCUAACCAUCACGAAGGCCAUUUAUCGCUUUUACGAAGUUCACUGGUCAACGCUAAAACUCAAGCUCAAGUAGCCUGCGAAAUUGGAUUACCAAAUUUUAUCAUUGCAAAUGAUAAACAUAUUAAUUUAAAUAAAGCAAAAGCCUUAGCUGAUCUUUUAGAGGCAUAUAUUGGGGCAAUGUACGUCGAUCAAGGGAUAAAUUGUGUUAAAGUAUUUUGUAAUGUUUGCUUCUUUCCGAGAUUAGAGGAAUUUAUAAUACAUCAAAAAUGGAAUGAUCCGAAAUCACAACUUCAACAAUGUUGCAUUACCCUAAGGGAUGUUGGUGGAGGUGAUCCAGAAAUACCAGUUUAUAAGGAAAUUUCACGAUUUGGACCGACUAACAGAAGAUGCUUCAAAGUUGCUGUUUAUUUUAAAAGUAAAAGAUUGGCUAUUGGUCAAGGUAGAUGCCUUAGAGAAGCUCAAAUGGAUGCGGCUAAAAAUGCUCUAGAUGAAAAUUCAGAAUUGUUCCCGCAAAUAAAAUAUCAACGAAGAAUUGUUCAACAAAAGUAUAAUCUUCCCAAAGACGGCUCGGAUAAGAAUGAUAAGAGAGACUUGGAGCCUGGUAGGGAUCGCAAUGUUCUGCCAAAACAAUACGCUGAAAAUAGUAACGAUCAUAUUGAUAAAUUGGACGAACACGAAAAAGAUAAACAUGAAGAUAAUGCAGAGGAGGGCAAUGAUAAACAAAAGACUCAAUCUUGGAAUGAAAAUCGUAAAUUACCGUUUGCACCUAUUAAUUUGGAUGAUAUUAAAGUGGACGAAUCAGAUGAACAACCUCUGUCUCCAGAUAGCCCUAAACGAAAAGAGGAGACUCAUGAGUUUUGUACAACUUUCUUUCCAGAAAAUGUAGAAUACAUUGAUGACGAGGAAAAGUCAAAAGAGCCUGAAAAGUCGCCAGUCGUCUUCAAAUUUAAAAAGACAUUUAAACCAAUUGGGACUUCUGCUUUAUUAAAAACUUAUUCUAAACCAAAAAUCAGCGACGAUACCGAUGAUAAUGAUAAUGAGGACGAUGAGGACGACGAAGAUGACGACUAUAAUGACGAUAAAAGUAAAGCUAACGAAAAUGAAUCAGUUGAAAAAUUGACGUGCUAUACAAAUAAAAGUAUAGUUAAGAUGGAUAUUAACGAAAUAAAGAGAAAACGUAUAAGGAAUAUUAAAGCUCAAUCGAUAAACAUGUCACCCGGAUUAAAAUGUGAUUCGGAAAAGGAAGAUUUCCACUAUGUUGAUAACGAUAACAAGCUGUCAACGGAAAAGACUAUUCCAAACACAGUUCUCAUCAAAGAACGACCUUCUAUUGAUUUUGAUCAAGAAGAAAGAUUAGAAACGAAAGAUAUGAAAAUGGAAUUAAGUUCGCACGAAAAUUCUUCAACAGAAGAAGGCGAAAUUAAAACGGAUAGCGAAUGA